AUGAGUAAAUCGAAGAACCUGCGCGCCGCAGCACCGAUCAAGUUGCUGAGCGCCGGCGGAUUCGUGGCCGUUACAUUAUUCCGACACCGCCAGUCAACGCGCGACAUCGACUACAUCAUCGACCCAGCCAUCCGUAAACUCAAUAAAAUCAAGGAGAAGUUCCAGAGAGCGAUUCUAGCGGUGGCGAAGCAGUAUGAACUUAUCGGAGAUUGGAUCAACCCUCUAAUGGAUCUCUUCACACCGGGGGACAUUAAACGGCGGCUUUUUCGCGAUUCGGUCGGACAAGGCGUCGUGCUUUGGCAGGGGAAGAACUUGAUCAUAUACGCUGCACAAUGGAAGUGGUCUCUCGCCCGGAAACUAAAACGAAUCGGGUCCGCGCGUAGGGAGACUGAUAUUAAGGAUGCCGUCGAGAUCCUUGCUGUUAUGGUUCGGGAGAAUGGUGGCCCGCUUGCGUUGGGAGUCGUGAAGGCUUGGAACACGAUCAUGCAUACUCCACUCGACGACUACGCCAUUAGAAGCGUUGCCGAUGCCUACAUCAGGCGUUGGGGGAUCCCCGGUAUCCUGAUGAGCUAG